AUGGACUCAGCCUUUUUAUUUUGGGAAAAGUAUUUCAAUAAUCAAAUAGAAGUGAGUUGGGAUGAAUUUAGUGAUUCUUUUUCUAAGUUUAUACAAUAAUUUGGAUCAAUAAUUUUGGAUGAAGAAUAAUUACUAUUCAUCAAAUAGAUUAUAGAUCCUGAUUACAGAAAUGUAAUUAAAAUAGGAGACUAUAUUAUAUUCUAUGAGAUAGUAUUUCUAUAAUUUUUAUGUUUAGUAUUGGAAAAUAUAGUCUAAAAGAUAAGCAUUAUUCAAACAUCAAUUUACUCUUCAAUCUUUUUAGAUUCCUAAACAAACUUUGAGAUGUAUUUAAUUAAAGGUACUCUACAUUACUAAUGGAUAUCCAGAUUAAUUUAGAGAUAUACAAAUAACAAGAACUACAUAAAAUAAUCUUCCUUUAAAAUAAGAAGAAGUAUUCACUAUUGGAAGUGGUUAAAAUUGUGAUCUUUAAAUUUUGAAUGAUUUAAAGGUUAAUCCUAUUCAUACUAAAUUAAUAUGGACUCCAAAUAAUCUAUUCCUAAUAAAAGAUAAUUCAAAGUCAUUCAGAACAUGUUAAAGAAUUAAAUAAUAAUUAAUUUUAGAUGCAUAUAUGAUUAUUAAGUUCAAUUAAGAAACCUUAUUUUAAGUUAAGUAUAUACAACCAAUACCAAAAUUUUCAAAUUAAAUUUCAACUAAUUAGGAGAGUCUCAAAAAUUCUUUACCUGAUCUUCUAAAAUAAUUAAAUUAAUAUAAAUCUGUAUAAGAUUACAGAGAAAGAAAGGUUAAUUUAAUAUAACACAAUGAGGAACCAAUUUUAAUACUUGAAUUUAUUGGAGGACCUAUGAAAGGAAGAGAAUUCACACUAAAUCCUAAUUAAGAAUAUACAUUAGGUUGUGGUAAAACAUGUUCAAUAGUAAUAAGAGAUGCUACAUUAUAAAAGGAACAUUGUUCAAUAAAAUUUAAAAAUAAUUAAUGGUUAAUCUAACCGAAAGAAUCUAAUCAUUUAGAUCCAACUCAAUUUGGAACAUUUGUUAUGUUAGCUAAUUAAUAAUAAUAUGAUUUAUAUUUGCCAAGCAAAUGCCAUGUCUUACAUGAAGGAAUGUAGAUUGUAAUAGGACCUAUUCUAUUCCAAAUUCAUUAUUUUAGUUGA